GCCGCUGCCACCCGAGGAAGAUGAGGCUGAAGAUCGGGUUCAUCUUAUGCAGUUUGCUGGUGGUAGGAAGCUUUCUGGGGCUGGUGGUGCUUUGGUCCUCCCUGUCCCCCCGGCCUGACGGCCAGAACCCGCUCAAUGGGAUGAGGGAAGGCAGAGACCUCAACGUUCCCAUCCCUAUCAGAGGAGGCAAUGGAUUGGCCCCUGGGGGCGACAGAUUCAAACCUGUGGUGCCCUGGCCCCAUGUGGAAGGGGUGGAAGUGGACUUGGAGUCUAUUAGAAGAAAAAACAAAGCCAAAAAUAAACAAGAGCACCACGCUGGGGGUAUCAACCAGCAAAAUGCCCUCCAGAGAAGACAGUAUCUCACUCUUAAGCCUCAGACACUUACCUACCAUGAACCUGUGCUCCGUCUGGGAAUCAUUGGUAAUUUUGAACCCAAAGAACCGGAACCUCAUGGUGUUCUCCGUGGCCCUGGAGAGGAAGCAAAGCCAUAUGUUUUGGGACCAGAUUACAAAGAGUCCAUUCAUGCCAGCAUUAAAGAGUUUGGAUUUAACAUGGUGGCCAGUGAUAUGAUCUCACUGGACCGCAGCAUCAAUGAUUUGCAACAAGAAGAAUGCAAGUAUUGGCAUUAUGAUGAAAACCUGCUCAUUUCCAGUGUUGUCAUUGUCUUCCAUAAUGAAAGAUGGUCAACUCUUAUGAGAACGGUUCACAGUAUAAUUAAAAGGACACCAAGGAAAUAUUUGGCAGAAAUUGUGUUAAUUGAUGAUUUUAGUAAUAAAGCACACUUAAAAGAGAGACUAGAUGACUACAUUAAGCAGUGGAAUGACCUGGUGAAGGUAUUUCGAAAUGAGAGACGAGAAGGUUUAAUUCAGGCUCGAAGUAUUGGAGCACACAAGGCUAAACUUGGACAGGUUCUGAUAUACCUCGAUGUCCACUGUGCUGUGGCAGUAAACUGGUAUGCCCCGCUUGUGGCUCCUAUAUCUAAAGACAGAACCGUUUCCACUAUGCUGAUUAUAGAUAUCAUAGAUGGCAACAAUUUUUAAAUUAUGCCCCAAGGGGGUGGUGAUGAAGAUGGGUACACUCGAAGACGAAGAGCGUGGGAUUGGAGUUUGCUCCGGAAGAGAGUGCCUCUGACCCAGCGGGAGAAGACAAUGAGAAAGACAAAAACUGAGCCCUAUCGGUCCCCAGCCAUGGCUGGGGGGUUGUUUGCCAUUGAACGGGAUUUCUUCUUUGAACUGGGUUUCUAUGAUCCGCGUCUUCAGAUCUGGGGUGGUGAAAACUUUGAGAUUUCUUACAAAAUAUGGCAAUGUGGUGGCAAAUUGUUGUGUCCUUGUUCUAGAGUUGGACAUAUCUAUCGUCUUGAGGGCUGGCAAGGAAAUCCUCCCCCAAUUUAUUUAGGAUCUUCUCCAACGUUAAAGAACUACAUUAGAGUUGUGGAGGUUUGGUGGGAUGGCUACAAAGACUAUUUCUAUGCCAGUCGCCCUGAAUCAAAAGCACUACCCUACGGGGACAUAUCAGAACUGAAAAAAUUUCGGGAAGAUCACAACUGCAAAAGUUUUAAGUGGUUCAUGGAAGAAAUAGCUUAUGAUAUCAUCUCACACUAUCCUUUGCCACCCAAGAAUGUCGAGUGGGGAGAGAUCAGAGGUACUGAAACUGCACAUUGCAUUGAUAGCAUGGGACACACAAAUGGUGGCUUUGUGGAACUGGGAGGAAAUCAGCUUUUCAGAAUCAAUGAAGCAAAUCAGCUAAUGCAGUAUGACCAGUGCUUGAUGAAAGGACCUGAUGGAUCAAAAAUCAUGAUUACACACUGUAAUUUAAAUGAAUAUAAGGAAUGGCAAUAUUUCAAGAAUCUACAUAGAUUUACCCACAUUCCUUCAGGAAAGUGUUUAGAUAGAUCACCAGUUCUCCAUCAAGUGUUUCUUUCCUUGUGUGACUCCAAGCAAAAAUGGGAAAUGAACAACAUCCUUAAUGUCUAAACAGAAGAAAAUAAACUAAUAGCCUACAUACUGACACAUUCAUUUGUACAGGACUGAAAAUAGCCUGAAACCUGCUGCAGCUCCUCACUUUCUACAGCUCCAAACCUGGAACCCCCUGAUUGUUUGA